AUGGUGAUCAAGUUCUACCAGCAUGUCCUGGCCUUGGUCUUUGCUGUAAAAGAGAUCAACGAAAAUCCUCAUAUUUUGCCCAAUGCCACGCUUGGUUUUCAUAUCCAUGACAAUUACCACAAUGCAAAGAUAACAUAUCAGGGCACCAUGGACCUGCUUUUCAAAUCACAUAAGUCUGUCCCUAAUUACAAAUGUGAUACCCAGAAAAACCUCAUAGCUGUCGUCGGGGGAUUUGAUGGAGAUACAUCUUUCGAUAUGGCAGACAUCUUAGGUCUUUACAAAAUUCCACAGGUAUUACCCGUUUCAGUAUGCAAUGACCAUUGCCAGCCCGGUUAUCAGAAGAAGAAGAGGGAAGAGGAAAGAAUUUGUUGCUAUGAUUGUGAUCGCUGUCCGAAAGGAGAAAUUUCAGACCAGAAGGACAGGGAUGACUGUAUCAGAUGCCCAGAAGAUCAAUAUUCAAGCAAGAACCAAGAUCAGUGUAUCAGCAAAAUUAUAACCUUCCUAUCUUUUGAAGAACCUUUAGGGAUCACUUCAGCUUUACUAUCUGUAUCUUUGUCUCUGGUUACAGCUUUAAUUCUAGGAACAUUUAUUAAGCAUAAAGAUACCCCCAUAGUCAAAGCCAACAAUCGGGAUAUCACCUAUACUCUUCUCAUCUCCCUCUUGCUUUGCUUCCUCUGUGCUUUGUUAUUUCUUGGAUACCCUAAGAAGGUGACCUGCCUGCUCCGACAGGCUGCUUUCGGCAUCAUCUUCUCCCUGGCUGUUUCUUGUGUGCUGGCCAAAACCAUCACUGUGGUUGUAGCUUUCAUGGCCACCCAACCAGGGACCAGCAUGAAGAAGUGGGUGGGGAAAAGAAUGACCAAUUCCAUUCUUCUUUUCUGUUCUCUCAUUCAAGCAGCCAUUUGUGUUGCAUGGCUAGGAAGCUCCCCUCCAUUCCCACAUUUGGACAUGCAUUCACUGACUGAAGAGAUCAUAGCAGAAUGUGACGAGGGGUCCAUUGUUAUGUUUUAUAUCAUCCUGGGCUACAUGGGACUUCUGUCCCUCAUCAGCUUGACUGUGGCUUUCUUUGCCAGGAAGCUGCCAGAUACUUUCAAUGAAGCCAAGUUCAUCACCUUCAGCAUGCUGAUCUUUUGCAGUGUUUGGGUGUCUUUUGUUCCAACUUACUUGAGCACCAAAGGGAAAUAUGUGGUAGCUGUGGAGAUCUUCUCCAUCUUGGCCUCCAGUGCUGGCUUACUGGGCUGUAUCUUUUUCCCCAAGUGCUAUAUUAUUCUGCUAAAGCCAGAGCUGAACAAGAAGAAACACCUUAUUAGUAGAAGGAAUUGA